AUGGAAUCGCCAGACAAUAGUACAUAUUUGGAAUCCCCUAUGGAGGGUGACGAUGUGGCAUAUCCGUGUAAAGGAUGUGGUGAUAUCCUCGAGGAGGGGAAAGCCUUCGAACUUGCUGGCAAUCGAUGGCAUUUAAAUUGCUUCCGAUGCAAUACUUGCGGAACUCUCCUAGAUUCCGAUGCGAAUUUGUUACUCCUGGGUGACGGGUCCCUUAUCUGCAAUAAUUGCACUUAUAGCUGCAGUGCUUGCAAUAACAAAAUCGAAGACCUCGCCAUCCUCACCGGUGACCAAGCAUUUUGUGCAACAUGCUUUCGAUGCAGGAACUGCAAACGCAAGAUCGAAAACCUUCGUUAUGCUCGCACGUCUCAGGGAAUAUUUUGUAUGAGCUGUCAUGAAUCACUAAUGGCUAGGCGGCGUAAAAAGUCGAGAGCCGCUGCGAAUGCGAAGAAAAAAGACGAUCAAUCUCCCAUGCUUGUCGAUAAAUCACUACCCGCCCUACCACCGAACGCUGUUCCACAAAGCGCCUUCUCCCCUGAACGUGAGAUCCCGGAUCCUCACAAUGCAGAUAACCCUACAGAAUUAUCACCCAGGCCGCGGCCAACAUAUUCUCGUACAGAUUCCUCAUCUAGGAGUAGUUCUCAAAAACCUCGCGAUGAUACUUCCUCUCAUCGAGCCUCCACCGAUACUACAGGCCGAGAUGGAUUGACGCUUCCAACGACGACGUAUCGAAACAAUAGAUAUUCGGGGAUAUCGCAAAUGUCUGAGAUUGGAAAUGGGGAUGGGGAGAGCUUUUUCAUACCUCUCGCUCUGGACCCAAGCCCUGCGCCAUCCUUGACACCAAGAUCUACGUCGACAUCAUGGGACACAAAGAAGGCGAAAGAGAACCAGGCACCAGAUCGAGAUUACUUUGGCGCGAAAGACAAUUUGCGAAGUCAAACGGAACCACAGCCACAGAGACGAUCAAGGGAUUUGAGGGAGGCGAGUUCAACGUCAACACCGCACAUCGCAUUCCAAGACAAAAAUCAACCAUCCGAUGAACAGUUGGCACAGAUUAAGGACAGCUUACGCAGAGCAGCAAACGGCACAGGCACACCUGCCAAAGAAUCUUCCGCAUCUAUGAGUGAUGAUACUCUAUUGCAACAUGCAACCUCGCCAACCGCUGACGCCCCUGAUGGAAAGACACAAGGAUCUAGUGAAAAGUUCAGGUUAGGUGAUGUGCCAAAGGGAAAGCGGACUGGAACAACUAGGAGUGAUUCUCAAUCGGAUUAUACUGGCAGCGAGAGCAACUCCUCGAAAUCUGCCAUUUCCAACACACCCACUAGGAAAGACAGCAACAUGCCAAAAAUGGACUCUCCAAGGACUCUUAUGGCAGCAGACCAGAUCACGUCCAGAUCUUCACUGGAAUCACGACCAAAGGACAUGGAAAAUUCUGCUAUUUCAAGAGUUAAUUCUGGAAGUUCCAAAGUCUCAAUACCCCGUAAGGUGAUAGCCUCAGGGCCAGUGAAAAGUCACGUUAGCACAAUGAGCUUAUCUUCCGGAACGGAAACCUCUCCAUCCACGGAAUCUUCUUCAGAAGGAACAGCUCAUACUCCGACAGUGAAUGGCAAAUCAAUCUCUGGCCCCUUGUUACAAUCGCCUAUAGAUGAUAUGGCACCUCCAAGUCGCUCGUCAACUCGCCCUUCUAUACCAAAACAACAACUGAGUGAUACAUACAUGACUCCAAGGGCGCCCCCAGCGCCGCCAUCGGCAGGCUCGAAUGGUACCGCUUCAUCGCCCAAUCUACCAAGGUGGAGUGCUGGCGGUGAUCUUACCAUGGAUGAAGAUAUGGCUAGGAUAUUUGGCAAUGAUGAAGGCUCACAAUCUAUAAUUCGCAGGGUUUCCAACGCUGUACGCCACGUUCGAAAUACCAGUAGUGAAGCAAGUACUUCUGCCCGUGGCCAUGGUCGUAGCGUCAGCGAAACAACUGCACGUACUCCUAACUCUCCACGAUGGCCCAAAACACCAAUUAUAGAAGACACUAGCGGACCUAGAGAUAUUAGUAGCCCGAUUUCUAUAAGCUCGCCAAAUCCUGGGGAUGAUCCGGCUUUGCUAAGGAGGCAACUUCGCAAUUCCGAACAAAGAGUUGCAGAACUUGAGAGACAAUUCGUAAACGAGAAAGAUUUGAAAACACUAAACAAAAAACUCAUCGAAAAGCGAAAGACUGUCUCGGUUCUAGAUUCUCAAACGGAACUUAUGAUCCGCCAAUUAGAGGUUCUUGCUGGCUAUGUGGAACGUGCCAAAGGUUCGAACCAACCACUUGACAUUGCUGAGCUGGAAGAUUCUGCCAUCAAAGAAUUUGUUCAAAAGCUUGAUCGCCUUAAACAGUCGAUGUCUGGCGCAAUUGAACAACUCUUUGAGGAGCGAGAUGAACUACUAGAAGAAAAGAACCAAGCUAUUGCCGAUCGUGAUAGAGCUUUAGUUGAGUUUGAGCAAUUAUCGUCUAAAAAUGCACAACUUGCAGACAUGAACAAUGAUCUUACCCACCAAAUCCAGGAACGCUUCAAAUCGGCCAAUACCAAUAUAGAAAGCCCAAGGCCAUUAACAAACGGUCUGGGAAUCUACACUCACCAUAACAAGGAUAAGUCUAACGUUUCCGUGCAUCUAGAUAAUGCAAGCCUCCGCCCAUCGGAAAGCAGUAGUGUUACCUACAAUAAUUCGAUCAAUAGCUAUCCACACCCAAUGGAACAGGAUCCCAGCAUGGAGCCAGCGACGUUACUAUCAGCUCCCCAUGUCGUCAAUAUCCGCAAGGGACAAGCAAAAAAAUUCAACUGGAAGAAGGGUGGCCAAACUGUCGCUAAGGGAGUCACUAAAGGUUUUAAGGGUGCUUUCUCCAGCGGACAAGAACGGCCAUUAAACCAAUGGCCAGGUCAGACUGGUGAUAACAUCGGCAUGCCUUACAACAUGACUAUGGAGCACGUGCAAUCUCCGGCACCAAAUGCGUCCGGGGCAAGCUUACCCAGGUCUACAUCAAACGACCCCUCGCGCCAAGGGUUCGGGUUAUUUAAGAAAUCACAAUCAAUGCCAAAGUCGAUGUCCAGUGGUAACAUUCUUGCCGCUGAGAGUCCCUCAACUCUGUUCGGUUCUGAUCUUGUUGAAAGAGCUGAUUAUGAGCGUCGGCAAAUUCCAAGUGUGGUCACUCGCUGCAUUGAAGAAGUUGAAUUGCGUGGAAUGGACAUUGAGGGUAUUUAUCGAAAGACUGGAGGUACUGGGCAAGUCAACAUCAUCAAAGAAGGAUUUGAUAAGACUGAAGACUAUGAUAUCUCGGAUCCCGACCUCGAUAUCACCGCAGUCACCAGUGUUUUGAAACAAUAUUUCCGAAAGCUCCCUGUACCACUUUUGACCUUCGAUGUUUAUGAUCGAGUGUUAGAAUCAAUCUCUAUCGAAGACAACGCAGAACGCUGCACACAUCUACGGAACACAGUCAAUAUGUUACCUCCCAAACAUCGUGAUUGUCUUGAGUUUUUGAUUUUCCAUCUUGUGCGUGUGGCAAAACGAGAAAGCGAGAACUUGAUGACACCUAAAAAUCUGGCAGUGGUGUUUGCACCGACCAUCAUGCGUGAUCAUAGCUUAGACCGUGAGAUGACGGAUAUGCACGCCAAGAAUCAAGCUGUUCAGUUUGUCAUCGAGAACAGUUACGACAUAUUUGCUGGUGCUUAG